AGUAGGUGACAGUAUAUGCGCACUGCCAUUGAUAAAACAGAAGAAGAACUCAAAACCUACCUCGAAGAAGGCUCUGGAAAAAUCAUGGCGGCGGCCGAUAAGAAAGAUGAGCGAGCUGGAAAAGCUCCUAAGAAAGAGUCCCAGCCUUUAAUUAUCGCCAAAACUCCAGCAGAGGAGCAGCGUUUAAAGUUGGAGAGACUGAUGCGAAACCCCGAUAAACCUGCGCCUAUUCCAGAGAGACCGAAGGAGUGGAACCCUCGCGCUCCGCCAGAGUUUGUGCGCGAUGUGAUGGGCUCCAGUGCUGGAGCAGGCAGCGGUGAGUUCCAUGUGUAUAGACAUCUGCGCCGCCGGGAGUAUCAGAGACAAGACUUCCUGGAACGAAUUUCUGACAAGCAAAAGCUGGAUGAAGAAUAUAUUGAGAAGGUGAAAGAAAACCAAAAGGCUGCUGAGGAAAGAACAGCCAAACGCAGAAAGAAGAGGGAAAAGUUGAAACAAAAGAAGCUGAUGGCCAAGAAAGCCAAGACGGAGGGCCAGAAAGAAGAAGGCUCCGAGGAGAAGUCAUCAUCCUCUGCUUCUGAAGCAGAAGAGCAAGAAGAUGAUGCAGAAGUGCCCAGCUUCAUCAUGGGGAAGAGGUGACCGUAGAAAGGACGGAAGUAUCCAGCAUAUACUACCGCACAAUAGCAGAAACCCCUCCAGAAGAGAACUUUAGUGAGCUGUGACGAAAAAUACUCCAAAUGAUGUCUCAGAAGUGCUUUUGUCUUUUGUGCUUGAGUCAGAUGUUCAACAUUUGAGGUGGACAUUGGAAAAGCUGAAUGUUUUUCUUUCAUUGGAGAGCUGGCGAUAAAAUAAUGUGACCAGGAUAGACUUAUUCUGGUGUAAAUGUGUUUUUUUUUUUAAAUAAACAACAAAGGGAAUAA